CAGAGCACAAUCGAAUUGCGCUGUUCGGACUCGGGCCCACCGGCUCCCGCCGCACCUAGUUGUCCGCUCCCCUGAUCCCCCGACAAUCGACAGGUCUGCAGCUCGUCACAAUGAGUCGCACGGAGGCAGAUUUGGCGAUUAACAUUCGCAAAGCUACCAGCAUCGAGGAGACCGCUCCGAAACGGAAACAUGUCCGGAGCUGCAUUGUGUAUACAUGGGACCACAAAUCCUCUGCCGCCUUCUGGGCUGGCAUGAAAGUUCAACCGGUCCUUGCAGACGAGGUACAGACGUUCAAAGCCCUCAUAACGAUACAUAAGGUUCUGCAAGAGGGACAUCCCAUCGUGAUUCGGGAGGCGCAGCAGCACGCCAAUUGGAUCGACAGUUUGAUGCGCGGUGUAGGAGGCGAUGGCAUUCGCGGCUAUGGUCCUCUUAUCCGAGAAUAUGUUUUCUUCCUGGAGUCCAAGUUGGCGUUUCAUCGGAAUCAUCCCGAAUUUAACGGUCUGUUUGAAUAUGAGGAGUACAUCAGUCUAAAGACGAUCAAUGAUCCGAAUGAAGGUUACGAAACUAUCUCGGACCUCAUGACUUUGCAAGACCAAAUAGAUGCGUUCCAGAAAUUGAUCUUUUCGCAUUUCCAAUCAGGUACAAAUAACGAGUGUCGGAUUUCUGCACUAGUGCCGCUGGUGCAGGAGAGCUACGGCAUUUAUAAAUUCAUUACCAGCAUGCUGAGAGCUAUGCAUACGACCACUGGUGACGCCGAGGCCCUGGAACCUCUCCGUGGUCGUUAUGACGCUCAGCACUUCCGACUUGUGCGGUUCUACUACGAGUGCUCGAACUUGCGCUAUCUGACCAGCCUUAUCACUAUUCCUAAGCUUCCUCAAAACCCACCCAACCUGCUUGCCGACGAUGAUGAACGCCCCGCUUUACCCAGGCGACCGGCAAAAGAAGUCGAGCAGGAGCCCACUCCGCCGCCAAAGGCCGCACCCGCUGAUCCCGAACCCAUUAACGACUUUUGGACUACAGAAGCCAAGCGCCAGCAAGAGGAAUUUGAAGCGGAGCAGCGGCGCCUGCAGCAGCAAUGGGAGGAACAGCAGCGGCAGCAGAUUCUCGCGCAACAGCAAGCCCAACACGAUUUUGAGGAACAGCAACGUCUGCAGGCGGAGCAGCAACGGCUUGCGCAGGAGCAACUUCUACGCGACCAGUACCAAACACAGACUCAGGGUCGGCUGGCCGAGCUCGAGCAAGAGAACUUGAACGCGCGGGCCCAGUACGAACGGGAUCAGCUUAUGCUGCAGCAAUACGAUCGUCGUGUGAAAGACCUGGAAGAGCAGAUGAACCAAUUGACCUCGAACUUGAAUAUGCAAAGUGCCUCGAAAGAUGAGCAAAUUCGAUCUCUCCAGGAGCAAGUCAACACAUGGCGGUCCAAGUAUGAGGCGCUGGCGAAGCUUUACUCUCAGCUCCGACAGGAGCACCUGGACCUCUUGCAGACAACCAAGAGCCUGAAGUUAAAGGCGGCGUCCGCACAGGAGGCGAUCGAACGGCGCGAGAAGCUCGAAAGAGAGCUCAAAACGAAGAAUUUAGAGCUAGCGGAUAUGAUCCGGGAGCGGGACCGUGCGCUACACGACCGGGAUCGCUUGACGGGAAAUAACAAGGAAGAGCUGGAGAAGGUUAAGAGAGAGCUGCGCCUUGCAAUCGAGCGGGCAGAGAAUGCCGAACGCCAGAAAGGCACCGAGAUCUCUACCCUGUUGUCCAAGUACAACCGGGAGAUGGCCGAUUUGGAAGAAGCCCUCAGAAACAAGAACCGUGCUCUCGAAGAUGUCUCUUCUCGGAAUGCAGACCGCCAGGGUGACCAUGAUGCUAUGCUCCGCGAGAAGGAUGAGGAGAUCGAGGUCUACAAGUCCGGAAUGGAACAAGCUCUUAUGGAACUGGAGGAACUGAAAAUGAACCAAGGCGAUGUCGACAAUGCGCUGGAUUCGCAGAUUGACACCGUUUUGCACAGCACCGUUGCCAAGAUCAACGACAUCAUCGACUCUGUGCUCCAAGCUGGUGUGCAGCGGGUGGAUGACGCCCUGUACGAGCUCGAUUCCAGUAUGCAAGCCGGUAACCAGAAUGCGUCCCCACCAUACGUGCUGUCUCAGAUCGAGAAGGCCUCUGCAUCCGCCACCGAGUUCUCUACAGCGUUCAACAACUUUAUCGCCGACGGCCCGAAUAGUACCCACGCAGAGAUUAUUCGGACGGUUUCUAUCUUCUCCGGCUCGGUUGCCGAUGUCCUUAGUAACACAAAGGGAUUGACACGGUUCGCCAAUGACGACAAGAGCGCAGACCAAUUGAUCAAUGCUGCCCGCAAGUCCGCACAGGCCACGGUGCGGUUCUUCCGUGGACUCCAGUCUUUCCGGCUCGAGGGGUUGGAGGCUGAUCACAAGACCGAUGUGGUUAUUAACAAUAACCUUGAGGUGCAAAGAGACCUUCAGUCACUAUCGAAACUUGCCGAAACUUUUGCGCCUAAGAGUACCAAGAUCAGUACUAAUGGCGACCUGGGCGACCUCGUAGAUCAGGAACUGACUAAGGCGGCCGACGCUAUCGACGCCGCGGCCGCUCGAUUGGCCAAGCUCAAGAAAAAGCCCCGUGAUGGCUUCUCGACAUACGAGUUACGUAUCAACGACGUGAUUGUGGAGGCAGCUAUUGCAGUUACUAAUGCAAUUGCGGAGCUGAUUAAGGCCGCCACCGAGUCCCAGCAGGAGAUUGUUCGCGAAGGCCGGGGUAGCUCAUCGAAGACGGCGUUCUACAAGAAGAAUAACCGCUGGACAGAGGGACUAAUCUCCGCCGCCAAGGCUGUUGCUACCUCCACCAACACUCUUAUCGAGACGGCCGACGGGGUCAUUUCUGGUCGUAACUCGCCGGAACAACUGAUCGUGGCCAGUAACGACGUGGCCGCUAGUACGGCACAGCUGGUGGCGGCCAGUCGCGUCAAAGCGUCGUUCAUGAGCAAGACCCAAGAUCGCUUAGAGGCAGCCAGUAAAGCUGUUGGCGCGGCAUGUCGGGCUCUGGUCCGCCAGGUACAGGAAAUCAUUGCCGAGCGGAACCAGGAUGGUUCGGAGAAGGUUGACUACGCCAAGCUUAGCUCGCACGAAUUCAAGGUGCGCGAAAUGGAGCAACAGGUUGAGAUUCUCCAACUGGAGAAUAGCCUUGCCCAGGCGCGGCAACGUCUGGGAGAGAUGCGCAAGAUCUCGUACCAGGAGGACUGAAUGACAGGAUAUCCGAGGGGUUUGCCCCGCGUUGGACAAAGAUGUCAAGCGGAUAUGGUGUGCUAGUGAGGCUACACAGAUUCAAGAGUGGGGAUGUAUGUUGU